AUGAUGUGUAUAGUGAAAUUGUGUGAAUUUGUAAAGUUUAUCACACUGUUAGGGUUUAUUAUAAAUAUUAAUGCUUUCAGAGUGUUUGAUUAUAACGGUGUCGAGACUAUUUUGGCGCUCGAAAAUGAGUUCGUUCCCAUACGGUGCAAGACAGACUUACCUAUGUCCUACUGCGGCUUCCUUCACCCUAGUGGGAAGAGAUAUUCAAUCACCGGUUUAGCUCUUAACAACGGCAACUGCGUCGUGGAAAUAAACGCAACAAAGGCGGACGUGGGCGAAUGGAAAUGCCACAUAGGGAUGAAGUCGAAGCGCGUGGAGGUGAUGCAGGAGAUCGACCUGAGAGUGGUGGAACAUGUCGCGGCGAUCCGGGCCAACUUGACCGCGAUCCACGGAAAGGCCGUCACUUUAGAGUGUGUGACCACAAAGGGAUUGGUUCCCUUAAGCUACUGCCGUUUCGAGCCUCCUAACGGUAGUCCGUUCAGCAUUGAUUCAACUGUCAACGCGUCUAAUCCCAUUUUAAACAAAUAUUAUUUCCCCCCAAAUCGAAGUCUGGACCGCGGCGACUGUGCUGUAACCAUACGUAAAGUAAAAUAUGAAGAUGUAGGGAUUUGGACAUGCGGUGCGGCGCUUGAUGGACAGGAGUAUACUGAUUUUAUAACAGUAGAAGUGGAGGGACUUUAUGCAAUGUCAACAGCGUCUGUGGCCGGCCUCACUUUGGGUGGUAUUCUAAUAGCGGGGAUACUGGGACUUUUGGGGUACGUCGCAUGGCAGAGGCGCUGGUUUCUAGGAAUUCGCCGGCAUCAGGAGGGUGACGUUAUAGAGAUACAAGAAAUGGGGCAGCGGCCAAUCCCUCAGAGUACACCGCAAGGAUCUCCUCAAAGAAGGAGAUUAGUGCCCACCGUUGUAGUCCAGUCGCCAUCUGAGCCUAGCGAAUCAGUUUCCUCCACA